UCAUCUGUCCGACUGUCGUUCUGUUAUUUUCAUGAAAUGUGCGAUCAUCUGAUCACUCCACGCUAAAUAAAAUGCGAUAAUUAUUGAUAGCAAGCGAUAAUAAUGUGUUUACAUUGACAAUAAGAGUUAUCACUUGAGAGCGGACAGUGAGAUAACGUGUACAGAUCAAUAUAAAGUAUUUUUAAGUGAGAAGAAACUUCGUAAUUCAGAAUGCUGCAACGAGCAUCAUUUCGCGGGCUAAGAUUAACCGAGGUGGUAUGUUCAGUGGCCAAAGUUAACGUUCAAAUACGGUUACUGUCCACGACCAUGGAUAAAGGAUCGAAUUUCUUCUUUAGACAGCUGUUCGACCCUGUUAGCAGCACAUACACGUAUCUCCUGGGAGACACGUGCACCAAGGAUGCAGUCCUCAUCGACCCUGUGUUGGAGCACGCCGAGAGAGACGCCACACUCAUUAAGCAGCUGGGCUUCAAGCUGAUAUAUGCCAUGAACACCCAUAUGCAUGCAGAUCACAUAACGGGAACGGGAAAGCUGAAAAGCCUCAUCCCGGGCAGCAAGAGCGUAAUCGGGCGUGACUCGGGUGCCAAGGCAGACAUGCACCUACAGGACGGUGAUAAACUCACGUUCGGAAACCACACCCUGCUGGCAACAGCCACGCCGGGACACACCAACGGCUGUUUCACUUACAUCUGCCAUGACCAGGCGAUAGCAUUCACGGGCGACACGCUUCUCAUCAGAGGCUGCGGCCGUACAGACUUCCAAGAAGGUUCCUCCGAGACACUAUACGACUCCGUACACAAACGCAUCUUUACCUUGCCCGACCACUAUACCCUGUACCCAGCGCACGAUUACAAAGGCAUGACUGCCACCACCGUGGCGGAGGAGAAGAAAUAUAACCCGAGACUGACGAAGUCUUUGAAAGAGUUCGUACAUAUCAUGGACACGCUGAACUUGCCGUAUCCUAAAAUGAUUGAUAAGGCUGUCCCUGCAAACAAAGUGUGUGGAUUGUACUAGAGCCGAAUGGAGUAUCAAUGUUAGAAGAAUUUAUAUGUGUGAUAUAUAAAGUAGAUAUAUUUUUAUACAUGUUUUGGAAUGCUCAUAUAAAACACUUCAGAUUAUUACUGUGAUAACAAUUUAAGAACAAAAAGUUUUAUUACGUUUUAUUUUUAAUGUUUAUUUAAUAAAGUUAUUAAUAUUAUCGCUAAAUGGAACUUAUAGUAAUCUAAUUUUUGUUACUUAUAUGUUAUUUUUUUAAGAACAAUUUGUGGUCACAUAGAAAUGGUUGUUAUUAAUUUUAUUAUAUUUAGUUUAUUUUAUAGAUUUUAUCUAAAUCAAUAAACAUGUUUUGCAGUAAAAA